AUGCCCUCAGUCGUUACCACCUCCUCUCCCAGAGCUCGGGUCUCUGCGACAAGUGCUGGAAACAGCUCCAGCUCCAGCUCCACCCAUGCUCCGCCGCCACCCUCCAAUUCCUCUAUAGAAGACAAGUUCUUUUGGACUUAUACAGAGGAGCCUCAUCGUUCCAGACGCCAGGCUAUUAUCAAGGCUCAUCCAGAGGUUACGAAGCUCUGUGGUGUUGAGCCCCUUACCAAAUAUGUCGUUCUCGGUGUUGUCUCUCUUCAGGUCGCCUGUGCAUACCUACUCCGAAAUACCCCGGUCUUGUCAUGGCAGUUCCUCUUGACUGGUUAUGUUAUUGGAGCUACGGCGAACCAGAACCUCUUCCUCGCAAUCCAUGAGAUAUCACACAACCUCGCCUUCAAAUCUCCUUUUGCAAAUAGGCUGUUAGCUGUAUUUGCCAAUCUUCCAAUCGGCAUACCAUAUACCCUACCAUUUAACCCAUCACAAAUCCCUCGGUGUGGCCUCGCUGGACACGGAUCUCCCUACCGCCCUCGAAGCCUUCUUCCUCGACUCCGUUCUCGGAAAGGCCUUCUUCUGCACCUUCCAAAUCCUCUUCUACGCCCUACGGCCAUCUUCAUCUAUUCCCCGCCCUUCACCUCCAUCCACCUGCUAAACAUCAUCGUCCAAUUCACCUUCGACUACUGCCUGUACAAAAUCUGUGACUCCUCCCUCCAACCCAUCUACUACCUAAUCCUCAGCUCCUUCCUCGCCGGCUCCCUCCACCCUUGCGCCGGUCACUUCAUAGCGGAACACUACUUCUUCUCGAAAACUGGCGCGGGCACUGAAUCGAUCGAGGAACUGCGACGACAGAAGAGUGGUGAUAAGCAAACAAUAGAAAAACCAGGAGGAGAUGCAUUGGCCAACCUACCCCCGCCGGAAACGUACUCGUACUACGGGCCAUUGAACAUCCUAACGUACAAUGUCGGUCUACACAAUGAGCAUCAUGAUUUCCCUGCCGUGCCGUGGACAAGGUUGCCUACUCUACACAAUAUUGCCAAGGAGUUUUAUGAGCCUCUCCCUUCGCAUCGUAGCUGGGUCUGGGUUAUUUAUACCUUUAUCUUGGACUCGAAUGUUGGGUUGUGGUGUCGCGUGAAGAGAGCUGGAGGUGGGAGAAUCGUGGGAGGAGGUGGUGUUGAUGGUGGUGGUUGGAAAGAAUCUGAGAUCCAAAAUUGA